UCGGGCAACAGACGGCAACCUACCACUGGGCAGGGGCCUCGGGGACUCAACGGGACUCUAGCUGUGGAGACUGGCCACAGCACAGCUCCCACCCAGCUUUCUAGGGUCAUUGGUUUCACAGGGACUCAACAGGUAGCGAUGGCUCAAGCACUCAGGGGCACCACAGGUAGCUAUACUCCGGGCAUGCCAUCAGGACACGGGUGGUCAGUGCACACAGCGGGGUGGUUCGGAACAAGGCUGGUCAGUGCACACAACAGGAACAGUUCAGGACACGGGUGGUCGGUACACACAGCGGGGACAAUUCAGGACACAGGUGGUCGGUGCACACAGCGGGGACAAUUCAGGACACAGGUGGUCGGUGCACACAGCGGGGACAAUUCAGGACACAGGUGGUCGGUGCACACAGCGGGGACAAUUCAGGACACAGGUGGUCGGUGCACACAGCGGGGACAAUUCAGGACACAGGUGGUCGGUGCACACAGCGGGGACAAUUCAGGACACAGGUGGUCGGUGCACACAGCGGGGACAAUU